GCUCCAGCAGCCCCCUUUCACUCCUGCUUAUACUCAGCCUGAAUUACAGCUCUGUGUAGGAACCAGCUAAACAUGUUGGUAAAUGGACACAGGUUUAAAUGAUGGACAGUGAUCAGGAACAGAAACGCUUCUUGGUCAGUCUGAUCUUUCUGAAUGACAGCGAGACUGAGGGUAAGCUGGAAAUCUCCAAACAGAGGGAGCAUCAGGAUCUCACUCUGCAGGUCUGCAGAGACACAGCGGACAUCUCUCUCAGUGUGGAGGACGGUGAUGGCAUGUGUGUCUUUAAAUGCUUGAUCUCGAGGGAGACAGAGUGCUGUCGAGCGGGGUCUCAGUCCUUCCUCAUCACCACGGGCUGCGUGAGCGUCUUGCUGCGCUUCAGCACGCGGCCAGAGUUCCAGACUUUCCACAGUUUGCUAAAGUCACAUUUGGACUCCAGCAGAGGGAUGUCAGCAUUCGAUCAGAGAACAGACAACUCAUCUGCCCUGCAAUACUUUCAGUUUUACGGCUGUCUUUCUCAGCAGCAGAACAUGCUUCAGGAUUACCUGAGGACAGCGACGUACCAAAAAGCCAUUUUACUGAAUGAUGUUGACUUCAGAGAUAAGGUAGUGCUUGAUGUAGGCUGUGGGACUGGAAUACUCUCCUUUUUUGCCAUCCAGGCUGGGGCGAAGAAAGUGUAUGCAGUGGAGGCCAGUUCAGUGGCCAAAUACGCAGAAGUACUAGUGAGGAGUAAUGGCAUGUCUGACAGAAUUGUCGUGCUUGCUGGGAAGAUUGAGGAGGUGUCCUGCCCAGAGAAAGUGGAUGUCAUCAUCUCUGAACCAAUCGGCUACAUGCUCCUCAAUGAACGGAUGCUGGAGAGCUACUUGCACUCCAAAAACUGGCUGAAGCCCGAAGGUAUGAUGUUCCCCACCUUCAGUGACAUCCACCUGGCUCCCUUUACUGAUGAGCAGCUUUACUUAGAGCACCAUGCACGUUCCAGCUUCUGGCUCCAGACGAGUUUCUAUGGUGUAAACCUGAGUGGACUUCAUCCUGCAGCUAUGGAUGAGUUCUUCAGACAGCCAAUAGUGGACACUUUUGAUAUGCAGAUUCUGAUGGCAAGAUCUGUGAAAUACAGCAUUAACUUCCUUGAAGCUAAAGAAGAGGACUUGCACAGGAUGGAAAUUCCCUUUGUCUUCAAACUGCUGCAGUCGGGACUGAUUCAUGGUCUGGCGUUCUGGUUUGAUGUGGCGUUUGUAGGAUCAAGGAUGACUGUAUGGCUGUCCACUGCGCCCCAUGAGCCCCUGUCUCACUGGUACCAGGUCCGCUGUCUCCUCCAGACUCCACUGUUUGCCAAAAUGGGGCAGACGCUGUCAGGACAGGUUCUACUGAUUGCCAACAAGAGGCAGAGUUAUGACAUCCACAUCACAGCUGUUGUUGAUGAGUCUGGCUUUAAAUCUGGCAACACACUAGAUCUCAAAAAUCCUUUCUUUCGGAUGCCAGGGUGGCUGCAGAUCUAAGAAGCAACAGUGAGGCAUGGCAGAGUAGUCAGUGCCACCGUGGCUGGGAAUGUGACAUCCUUGGACUAGGCUGGGUAAAGUAAACCCACAUUAAGCUUCAGUGGCAGUUAAAAACAAGGAGUUUUUUAUGAAAAAUAACAUGUAGGGUUCAUCUUUAAGAGAGACAAACAAUGACAUGUCCCUAAUGUCCAGAGGCAAAAAUGAGUUUCUCUUUUUUAUAUCACUCUUAAAGGGGGCUUAUUGUAGAAACUUGAAUUUUCUUUUUUUUAAAGCUAAAGCAUUUAUAGUAACAGUAUGUAAACAUUGUU